CACGUUCCAUAAACUAAACAACAACCGUUGUGAAAAGACGAAGUUAUAUUUUUCUUAAAAUGAGAGGUCAUUGCAAUCGUAAUCGGGAAGGCCCAAGUCAAAUGGGUGUUGAAAAACAAGAGCUAUUGAAAAUGUUUGUAAAGUUUUUGCAAUCGGAUAAACUGGAACAUGAUCUGAAGAUGCGUUGCCGCGGUCGUCAUGGGAUAUUCGGACGUGGUUUUGGAAAACAUGGACAUGGGAUGCAUCACGGACGGCACGGGCAUCAUGGGCCCCUCGGUCACCGAGGGCAUCAUGGCCAUCAUGGAGGCCCACAUGGCUUCGGAAGACCUCAUUGUAACCGAGGCUCACAUGGCCCGUAUGGACCCCACGGCCGACAUGGACCCCAUGGCUCGCAUGGUCGCCAUGGCCCACGAGGAUGUUUUGGUCACCACGGCCACGAUCACAUGGAGAAACGCGGCCCCCACUGGAUCAUUGACCUGACAUACAAUGAAACUGAUGACGUCAACGAUCCCCAAGACAAUGAACAGAAUGCAUCGGGAUCGCAAGCACAAGAUAACGACGUUCAAGGUCAGAAUGAUUGCAAUGAAUGUAAGUGCUCUCGCUUCGAACGUCAUCAUCGAGGCAGACUUGGGCGUUGGAGGUUGAGCCCCUAUAAAAGGAGGGAAAUGCCAGCAUCUGCUGCCGAAAACUCUUGCCAAACGGAUGGAAACGAAACGCAGGAUAAUUUAACCGUUAUGGUGGAAAAUAUUAACAUUGAGAACGCAGCUGAAUGAAACAAUUGAAGGUUGUAAACACAAUGGAUGACGGUUCAGUCAUCAGAGUUUUCCUUAACAUAAUGAUUUUAGUUCUGGUCACGCUAAAUAUAAUGAGUUUAUAUGAGUACAUAUAAUGCAUAAACCAAGUAAUAUCAUAAAGGAAAAACAAGUGAUGACGGAAA